UGCUGUCGUCGCCAUGGUGAGCCCAGGGCCAGCCCGGGGAAUGAGCUGAGCCCUCCCUCCAACUCAGCAGCUGGGCGGCGUGUUACUGCUGGGGCUGUUGUGGGUGCCCAGGCCUGCACCCAGCAUGGAGGACCCCACCUUCCCGCACCUGGGUGAGAGCUUGCAGCCGCCUCCGCCGGCCUGUCCCCAGCGCUGCUCCUGUCCCCGCGCUGACACCGUGGACUGCGCCGGCCUGGACCUGUGGGUGUUCCCCAGCAACAUCACCAAGGCUGCUCGUCACCUCUCCUUGCAGAACAACCAACUGCAGGAGCUCCCCUACAAUGAACUGUCCCGCCUCAGUGGCCUGCAGACGCUGGACCUGCAUGGCAACUUCAUCUCCUCGGAGGGCCUACCUGAUGAAGCCUUCGAGUCCCUCACCCAGCUGCAGCACUUGUACGUGGCUCAUAACAAGCUCUCGGUGGCCCCCCAGUUCCUGCCGCACUCCUUGCGUGUUGUGGACAUGGCCGCCAACGAAGUGGCGGAGAUCUUCCCGCUCACCUUCAGGGACAAGCCCGCGCUCACGUCGGUCUACCUCCACAACAACGUACUGAGCAACAGCGGCCUGCCGUCCGGUGCCUUCCGGGGUUCCGAGGCCAUCACCACCCUCAGCCUCUCCAGCAACCAGCUCAGCGACCUGCCACCCGGCCUGCCGGCCUCGCUCGAGCGGCUCUUCCUGCAGAACAAUCUCAUCUCCAAAGUGUCCCAAGGGGCACUGUGUUGCCAGACCCGGCUCCGUGAGCUCCACCUCCAGUAUAACAAGUUGACAGAUGGUGGCCUGGAUGCUACUACCUUCAGCGAGCUGCGCAGCCUGGAGUACCUGGACCUGUCGCACAACGAGCUGGCCACGGUGCCCGCCGGCCUGCCGCCGACCCUGGCCGUCCUGCACUUGGGCCGCAACCGCAUCGGGCGCGUGGAGGCGGCGCGGCUGCGCGGGGCGCGGGGCCUGCGCUACCUGCUGCUGCAGCACAACGCGCUCGGGCCCUCGGGGCUGCCCGCCGGGGCGCUGCGGCCGCUGCGCCGCCUGCACACGCUGCACCUCUACGGCAACGGGCUGGAGCGCGUGCCGCCCGCGCUGCCCCGCCGCCUGCGCGCCCUGGCCAUGCCGCACAACCGCGUGUCCGCGCUGGGCGCCCGCGAGCUGGCCGCCGCGCCGCGCCUGCGCGAGCUCAACCUGGCGCACAACCUGCUGGCCAGCGCCCGCGUGCACCGCCGCGCCUUCCGCCCGCUGCGCGCCCUGCGCUGCCUCGACCUGGGGGGCAACCGGCUCACCCGGCUGCCCGCGGGCCUGCCCGGCGGCCUGCGCGCCCUGAGGCUCCAGAGGAACCAGCUUCGGGGCCUGGAGCCCGAGCAGCUGGCCGGCCUGGGCCAGCUGCGGGAACUCAGCCUGGCACACAACCGGCUCCGCGUGGGGGACAUCGGGCCCGGCACCUGGCACGAGCUGCAGGCGCUCCAGGUGCUGGACCUGAGCUACAACGACCUGUCCUUUGUGCCCCCCGACCUGCCCGAGGCGCUGGAGGAGCUGCACCUGCAGGGAAACCGCAUCGGCCACGUGGGCCCCGAGGCCUUCCUCAGCACGCCCCGCCUGCGCGCCCUCUUUCUCAGGGCCAACAGGCUUCACAUGACAAGCAUCUCGGCCGAGGCCUUCCUGGGGCUUGCGCACCUGCGUGUGGUCGACGCUGCGGAUAACCUGGAGCAGGUCCUGGUCCCACUGCCUCCCACAGCCUCGCGCUGGCCAAGGACUCGGGACUCCUGAACCCCGGGGAGCCAGCCGGAUCUCCCGUGGGGACGCGGUUCCCAGUGGGGGCCCUGGCCAGAGCGGGCCAAGGCAUUGGGGCAGGGACCACCCUUGUGGAGCGCGAAGCAUGCCGGGCCUGCAAGUCCCGGGUGUGCGCCCCGCCCCCAAGGUGCAGACAAGACAAUAAAGCCUACCCUUGCUCCCCGGGA